UUUGCGAUCGGUCGCCAAAAAAGUUAAAAAGUGUUCUGAUGAUCUGCCGCUUCAUCACCAGCAGAUUCCACUGAACGGAUCAAAAAUGUUGCUAAAAUUACGAGUUUUUAACGGAAAAGGUGAAGAGUUUUCCGUGGAGAUUUCAAGAUCGAGUCACGUUCAUCAACUGCUGGAAGAGGCGAGUCGAUUUCUCAAAGUCGCAAGCAUCAACCUCGACCUCAUCUUCCAAGGUCAAUUUAUGACCAAAGAUAGUCCAUUGCUGAUUUACAAAUUGAAGGAUUUAGAUGUCGUGGGCGUCCGAGUGAAGAAGCAACCCCUCUCUCCUCUCAAGAAAUCGACUGCUAAAGCAGUCGAAGAUGGCAAGGUCCAAGUAAACCCUGAAGCACUGAACCCCAGUUGCUCCUAUUUCGAGCCUGGAGACCUUCUGUACUACAAAAACCCACAGACAGGCCAGUGGCAGGAAGGUGAACUGUUGUCCAUUGAAGAAAACUCCAAUGAAAAUGAAUCACCUAACUCAGGAAUUAGUGGGAAACUUUCUUACAGAAUCCAUGAUGGAUUCACAAACAAAGACCUGACACUGCCUUUGGAUAAUUUACUUCCCGUUGGAAAUGAAGAGUAUGGUGCUUGUGAUCUGAAGCAGGACAUGGUAGUGCUUGCGUACUCCCAUCUCCCAAAUUCAGUUGAAGGAUGGUUUGAAACUGUCAUCACCAAAGUUGAGCCAGGCAGAGGGCAAUUUCCAAGGGUGUAUGGCUUGGUGCAGGCUACACCAGAUUCGUACCCAAAUCAGAAGAUUGCGUACAUGUUUAGGACUGUGAAGAUGCCCACGCUUCUGCCAAGAUUGGAGUGGAAACAACUAAAUAGCACCUAUUCUCUUGUUAACCCUUGCAAAGUCUGCCGUGGACACCCAGUCACUAAUUGCAGGGAGUGUAGCUGCGUCAUUUGCGGAGGAAAGCACGACGAAGACAAGCAACUGAUCUGUGAGGAGUGUGAAGAUGCAUUUCACAUGAAUUGCAUCUUUCCACCACUACAAGAAAUUCCAGAAACAGACUGGUUCUGCAACAAGUGCAACCACAAUGACGAAGAGCUGAAGGACAAAGGUCAGAAGUCAAAGAAGAAGAAGACAGAAAAGGCUGAAGAGUCCAUCAGUAAAAUCAAAGGGAAGAAGGACUGGGGCAGGGGACUCUCCACAGCCGCUGUCAUUGACAAGUUCUGCGUUGUCCCAAAGGAACACUUCGGAAAGAUUCCUGGAGUUCCGUCUGGAAGGCUCUGGAUUUCAAGACUUGACGUCUGCAGCUACGGUGUCCAUCGUCCGCCAGUCGCUGGAAUUUGUGGCUCUCCCGCCACUGGAGUGCAGAGCGUCUGCUUCUCAGGUGGCUAUGAAGGGGACUACGACAAGGGCACCAGCUUUGUCAUGUCUGGCAGUGGUGGGAGGGACUUGAGCAACAACAAGAGGAUAAACAAGCAAAGCUUUGCUCAAGAAUUGAAAGGAUCAAAUUUGGCUUUGGCACUUUCAUGCUAUGCUGAAUUGAACGAGGAAAAAGGAGCCAAAUCGUCAAAUUGGCGUCAAGGUCUUCCCAUCCGAGUCGUUCGGGGUUAUAAAUUGGGCAAAAUCUCCAAGUAUGCCCCUGACGAAGGUUAUAGAUAUGAUGGGAUUUACAAGGUCGUCAGGUAUUUCAAGGACACGUCUGGAGGCAAUGUCAUGUGGAAGUAUGAGUUGCGCAGAGAUGACCCUGAGCCCCCUCCAUGGUCCUCAAGUGGAUUGAAGUUCAUGAAGGAAAUGAAUGUGGGAUUCCUCGAGGGAAGCAAGCUGAAGAUUGAAGAGGAGAAGAGAAUCAAAAGGAAGGUGCCAAUGGAGGGAGUGCAGAUCAAGCAAACCAGAGUUACUCCUUACGUUCUGAGACCCGAGAUCAAACAGUUGGUGAAAUUGGAUGUUUUGAACAAAAGAAUUUGGGAUCAUCUGUUGCACUCGCUAAACCUGGGAUACCCAGACUUCAUCAAGGCUCUGGCUGAACAGUUUUCUUGCCAGAUUUGCCAGGAGGUGGUGAAGGAUCCAUUUACAAUGAAUUGCGGCCACAAUACCUGCCUGCACUGCAUGAAGAAGUGGCUCAAGGACGCCAGCAAGGCUUGCUGUCCGUUCUGCCAAGCUUCCGUCAACAAAUCUGAAGUGGAGGUCAACCAACCACUUGACAAGAUCCUCAACUCUCUGCUGCCAGGCUACAAUCCAAAGGGACCAGCCCCCCGACCUUACGGUUUGACCAAAAAGUAGGCGGCUGUGUCGUAGAUUUACAAUUGCUUUUCAUUUCCUGUUUGGUACCUUGAUGUGUUAACUUUAUAUCUUUGUAUUAAUUUAUUGGACAUACUGCACUUUACGCAGAUUACCAAAUAAUCUAAUGAGCUGUUUUGAAGCAGCAAGCAAAGUUCAAAGUUGAUAUAAUAAUAUAUUCUUUUACGGAAACCACUCAUCAUAUAUGUGAAAUAUUGCUCUUGGUCUUAUCAAAUAAAGUCUUCGGUUUAUAUUAAA